AUGCCUCGCCGCAAAUUCUGCGACAUCGAGUCCGAUCUCGCUGCCGCAAAAGCAAAGGCAGAGACUUUCGAGGAUAUUGCGCUUGCCGAGCAAGAGCAUUGCGAACAAUUGGAGAAAGAUCUCGCUGAGAAAGAAGAGGAGAUCGGUCGUGUACGCAGUUCUUGCGAUCAGCAACAGAGUGACCUCAUAAUAAAGGACGAGGAGAUCGGGCGCGUGCGUGCUGAGGCACUGAGAGAGAGGCAUGAUGCUGUGGAGGGGUUGGGGGAACAGGUGAAGAAGAAAGAGGAAGAGAUUGCGAAGAUGAAGGGGGAGAUGGCGAGGAAUAGCAAGCGCUUUUGGGACGAGAUUGGCAAGAAGAAUGGAGAUAUUACAAGAGCUAGGGAGACGAUGGAGAAAGAAAAGGGGGAGGUGGUUGAAGGCUUGACGAGGAAUCUCGCCGCGAAAGAAGAAGAAGUUGCUCGUGUACGUGUCGAAAUGGGAGACAAGUACGAACAAUUUCAAAAUGAUAUUGCGAAGAAAAGCGCAGCGAUCGGGCGAGCAAGGCUCGAAACGCAGAGGAAGAAUAAGAGCGUUGAGGCGAAAGAAGUCGAGAUCACCCUUUUGCGUAUCGAAAGCGGCAGAAAGAUAGAGCAGUUUCAGACAGAGCUUGCCAGGAAAGAUCAAGAGACUACAACGGUCAGGCUUGAAUUACAUAGGCAGAUGGAUGGUGAGGCUGAAAGGGUCCAUAACGCUGUUGCUGCGAAAGAAGCAGAAAUCGUUCAUAUCCGUGGCGAGAUGCAGAAAAGUCGGCAGGCUCUGCAACAGCAGGUUUCGGAGAGGGAAGAAGAAAUUGAUCGAAUCCGUACUGAGAUGCACAAGCAGAACGAGAGUAAAGAAAAGCUUCAGCAAGACCUCGCUGAAGCGAAAGCGGAUUUGAUCUUUGCGCGUACUGAGAUACAGAACGAUCGUGAAGCGAUGCAAGAAUGUCUCACCAAAAGAAAGGAGGAAAUCGAAGACCUGCGUGCUAAGUUGAUGAAACAAAAGAAGGGUGAGGCAGAGGUCCAGAAGGACCUUGCUGCAACAGAACGCCAACGUCUCAAUCUCAAAGAACACCGCGAUGAGUUACUAACUGGUACUUUAGCGAAGGAAGCAGAAAUAGGACGAAUCAGGUUGGAAAUGCAAAACUUACGUGAACAGCUUCGGAGAGAUCAAGUCGUGAAAGCGGUGGAUAUCAAUAGCGUACGUGCUUCGACGCAGGAAUAUUGCGAAACACUACGGAAGAACCUGGCUAAGAAGGACGACGAGAUAAGUCGACUAGAGGGAGAAAUAAAUGACAAAAGGGAACGAUCAGAGCAGAGUCUCCGUGCGAAAGAAGCUGAGAUGACUCGUGCAACGCUUAAAAUACAGCAACAAAAGCAGAUGGAGAUCGACAACGCGAAGCUAGAACUCGAAAAGGAGAUGGAGAUGAAGAUCAAAAAGACGAAAGAGAUUUGGGAGAGGGAAAAACAGGCAGAGAUCAGUUCCUUACGUGCUGAAUUGCAGAAGAACGGCGAGCAAUAUCAGAAAUCCUUGACCAAGAAAAAAACAGAGAUCUCCCGUAUGCGUGUGGACUUGCAAAAGCAGGAGGAUGAUAGAUCAAAUGUCAGAAAAAUAGUCGAGGAUCUAGGGUGGAAUGGAGAACCCGAGACACAGCGCAUGAAGGCUCACAUACACGGAUUACAUUCAGAGUACGGACUCCUUCUCGUCAAUGGAGAUGAUUUUCUUUUCACGAAGGAGGCGAUCCUCGACUACGGACCUAAGAAGACUGUGAAACUCUUGGAGCAAAGGCUGGACGCAUGGGUCCAGACGUGGGCCGAUCCAUCUAGUCCGCUGGCGCGAUCCUCGAAUUGGAAGCAAUAUUGUGUCAUGAUAUACAGCACGACCAAAAAAGCAAAAUAUCUCGAUAGCUUUGAUCAUCCUGAUUGGCAGCAAGCGAAGAGUAGAAAUUCAAAAGCUCUCAAUGACUUCAUUGGCGUACUCAAUUCGGUGAGUCCCUGGAUCGAAUAUAUUGCUCUCGAUUCUACGAAAAAGGCUUUUGAUAUCACAUUCGGAUUGCUUUUCAUCAAAUAUCUAAAGGACCCAAAAUGUAAGGCCAUAAUCUAUGGUAACGAGGGAGAUUUCGAUGAGAUCCUCGACGUAGCCAAAGAGGAAGGGACAAUCCUUCGUCCUCUACUUUGGGAUCCUCCCGCUAAUUUCAAUGCUUCGACAAUGACUGAUAACUGCCAUGGAAUCUCUUUCAACGACAUAUUCGUUCGACAUCGAUCUCUAUCCCUUCAACAUGAGCAAGGAGUUGCCGCUCUUUUAGCAGACAUAAUGGAAAACCCUGACUGGCGCCCACCUGAUUCUCCGCCGCAUGCACCGACCCCAAGUCGAGCCAGGCUCAGUCCAAAAGAAUCUUUUGAUUUCCAGGUGUCUGAGAUGCGGAAGAACCCUGAUCUAUUGAGCAAAGAGGUCGAUGACCUUGUGUCUCAAGCCGAAGAACCGUCCCCGCCUUCGGAGGUGAAUGACGAGCAAAAACUUUUGGUCAAGCUAUCCGAAUUCCAAAAAGCAUAUCAAGUGGCGGAACGACGAGUCCAAGAUGCAAAAUUGGAAAACACUUGGUGCAAAGCGCUUUGUGAGUUCUUGCAGGAUGAAAUUGAACAAAUUCACAGAAGAGACAAGGUACGGGAAUACCCCACGUACAUGAGACUAUGGCGUGGAGGGAAAUUGGUAGAGGAUUCCUCGCCGAUAUCUCCAAUCCACCACACACCUGUGUCGACACAGAUUGCUUCCCCAAGUAUAUCAGUGCAACCCCACCCAGCGUUAGAAUCAACAUUCGUAGAAUCAACACUCGUCCGACCGCAAACACUUCAAGCUCAACAGCCUGAUAUGAGUGUUCAAAUCGCGGAAUUAGAAAAAUGUUGUGGCUUGUCCCACCAAGAGCUAAAAGACUUGGAGCAAGAAACCAUGGACUAUGGAUCUCACGAGUAUGCUUUAUGCCUUGAGCUUGAAAAAGACCUCGGCUACCACGUGAAGAUUGACCGUAAAAAACGUGAGAUCAAGAUCACGAAUAGAUACUGGCAUUCGCCGCUGGAGAAGGUUGAUAUAUCAGCAUCAUCGGCCGAUCGAGCACUUUGUUCGCCAGCCAACUCUCCGGCAGAUACUUCUUGCAAAUCAUCACGGGUUCAUCACAUGGCUAAAUCUACGUCGUCCCCCAGAAGUGAGACUGAACUCCCAUCUAAGCGUCCUCACCGUGAUUCACUUGCUCGGACGAGUCCUCCAAUGAAAGUUACAGAAUAUCACGACCCCUUUCCACCAAGUUGCAAGCCUACUGAAGCACCAAUGAGACGCAAAAAGCCGCCAACACCGUCUCCAAGUAAGCGUGACGAUAAUCCAAUGAAGGACAAACAGGUGCUAGAAUCGAUUCCAACAAUGGCUGCAGAGACACCUGUCACAAGCAGAAAACAGCUGAACACAUCUUCAGCUAGUCCUCGCUUUCCUGUUCCACCCACAAAGCCCCGCGUUCAGAUCCCGCUGCCUCCCCGUCCGAUUCGAGAUGGAAAUGGAUCUCAAAACCCUCCAGGACCAUCCUCUGCUAGACUAUCUAUUCUCCCAUCAGGUCCUCCCCCAAUGAUUUUUGACGCUGACAACAACCGCGUUGACCCUCCGCUCGCUCAAUCCCCUGGUAUCGCACAUUCCACAGUUGCAAGCAAGCAUUGCUGCAACAACCACUACCUGCGCGGGAGCUGUGUCUACAGAAAUUGUGUACACAGCCACAACUCUCAACUAUCAGAAGAUGAGAUGAACGCGCUCCGUUGGGUUGGCCGCAGUAUUCUCUGCCGCAAUGGGAGGAAGUGCAGCGAUCCAGAAUGCUUUGCAGGACAUAUGUGUCCUCGGAAGCAAUGUGAUAUCAACAGGUGUCAUUUCCCGAAGGAGAUGCAUGAGAGCGAGAGUGAGAUGCGGAGUCGACUUAAAAAGGGUGAGAAGAUGAAGGAGAAACGGGAAUCGUUGGUGGAGAACCAAUUGGCGCCCACCCCUGGCACGUCGAUGCGCGAGCAAGAAGACACUGCGCAUCUGAAUCGGAAUCGCGAGGAGAAUCAUGAACAAGGAACGUCAUCCGAGAGACGAGGCGACGGACUGGCACCAACCAUUUCAAAUCGUCGACUCCAAGACUCGCCUCGUGAGCGACGUCCUCCACCCCCAUCCGAUGAUCAGCCGCGCAGUACUGGAGAUAGAUAUAUAAACAAACCCUCGGACACGCCUCGUCCAACUCUACCACCACAUCCACCCUCACACCCAAAAUCAUCAAAUGAUGACCCAAGUCCCACGGGAAAUAGAUAUAUAAAGAAACCCCAUACCCAAAUGGGUGGGGUGGGGGGGCCUAUGCGAGCACGAGAGUCCUCUUCAUGA